AAAAAGUAAAUCAAUGCUAUUUUCAGAAAGCACCUGCAUGUAAAUAUAUGUAAAGCUUUAAUGUGUCUAUAACAUUACCUGCAUUUCUGUAUUCUGACAUUUCAAAUUGAUAGUGGAACAAAAUGUGAGCGGAGUGAAACGGAUGCAGAGUAUGCACCCACAGACAGGGACCAGAGAGAGCCUGGGCGCCGUGGGGAUGCUCCCCUUGAAGGCAGUGAUAGACAAACACAAGCUGUGCUUCUUUGGCAGAUUGGCUAACCUCCCAAGCAGCACAUUAGCCAAGAGAGUCUUUCUUCUGAGACUGUAUUCAUACAUCAUCAGAAGAGCACGCCAUGUCAACAGAGGGUUCAUCAGUGACGUGUACAGAGUUGCACAGGAGUACGGCCUGACAGAGUAUUUUGAAAAAUACUGGCUUACAACAGAGUUCCCAUCCAACACUGUGUGGAAAAGAGUGGUGAAAAUGGCGGUGAGGGACAAAGAGGAGAGGAACUGGAUUGCGUCAGACAAUGGCAAGACCAGAUUCACCAGAAUACAUGGAACAAAUACUGAACCUCACAAACUGUGGUCAUUGGCAAGGAAACUACCCAACCACCAGAAAACCCUACAGGCGUUGGUGCACCUGAGUACAGUUCCCGCGUGCCACAGUGCCAAACCUUGCCCAGCUUGUGACACACUGACACAAGACAUAGUGGGGCAUAUGAUAUCCCACUGCGUCAAGUUCAACACACUCAGGGCAACUCUAGCAGACGUGCUAACAGAUAAACUGGGCACUGGAGUGAUGGCAGCUGUACAUCAACAGUCGGACGAAAGAUUUACAGAAGUCCUUCUUGGAGCUAGAGUUGUGGAGGAGGAUGUUGAACCCGGGGUAUGGGAAGAGUAUAUUGUAACAAUUGCCAGACUUAUGUACCCUUUGGCCAUCCUGGCUCUGAAACAUGUAGAAUGGCACUGAAGAUGGAGUGGACAGUGUGUUUACAAGAGAUGCAGAGACAAAAGGAGACAGAAGUGAUGCAGAGUGAAACACCUGUGGAGGAGUAUACAGUGUGUUUACA